CGCAGGCGCACUCUCCACGAUUCCUGCUCCCGUCGCGGUCUCGGCAAAAAUUUCGGCCGAGAAGCGAGCGGCGAGGCCGAGGCCCCGGCCCAGCCCCGGGGGGGAGAGGCCGCAACCCGGGGGAAGGGCGACGGUGCGGCCCGACCGCCAGCUCAAUCGGCACCGGAGCCUGCAGUGGUGGCGCUGAAUGAGCGGAAGCCGAGUAAACCUCAGUCUAUUGAUGGAAGAGUCGCCUGCCUAUUAAAGAUUCAUUGGCCAGCUUGCUGCCAGAAUGGAUGAGCAGGAAGCCCUCCACUCCAUCAUGCAGGACCUGGCCGUGCUGCACAUGGCAAGUCGACCUCUCCUGUCACUGCACGAGACAGGGAAACCCAAGACCUCAUCCGGUAAUCAGAAUGACGUUAGAGUCAAAUUUGAGUUUCGUGGGGAGAAGAGGAUCCUGCAGUUUCCCCGACCAGUUCUGCUUGAAGACAUUGCAGCUAAAGCCAAGGUUGCCUUUGGUCAGCCAAUGGGUCUGCACUACACCAAUAACGAGUUAGUGAUCCCUCUGACCACACAGGACGAUUUGGAUAAAGCCAUCGAACUCCUGGAUCGGAGUGUGCACAUGAAGAGCCUCAAAAUCCUGUUGGUGCUGCAGUCAAACAACCAGGUAACAAGCCUCAGCAACAUGCAGGCUCUACAAAUGCUGGACGACUUGGACAACAACACCGUCUACAUGGGUGCUGAGAGGAAAAACCGGCUCCCAGUGAUAGCUUCACAGACAUCGGAUAGGAGCUCUCCACCACCUGGGUACAUUCCAGACGGACAGCAGCAGGUCGCACGAAAUGGAUCCUAUACCAGCAUCAACAGUGAGGGCGAGUUCAUUCCAGAGAGUAUGGACCAAAUGCUGGACCCACUGUCGAUGAGUAGUCCUGAGAACUCGGCAUCUGGGAGCUGUCCCUCCCUUGACAGCCCCUUAGACAGUGAUAUUUAUCCCAAAGCUCGAAUGCCUAGGGCGCAGAGUUAUCCAGAUAAUCAUCAGGACUAUUCCGAUUGUGAUAUCCCAACGUUUGAUAAAAUUGGGAAGGGUGGGACAUACCCACGAAGAUAUCACAUUCCCUAUCAUCACCAUGACUACACUGAUGGUCGCAAAACUUUUCCCAGGGCCAGAAGAACUCAUGGAAACACUUUCCGCUCCCCGGUUAACUUCAGUCCCACAGAACUGUCUCUGAGCACCAGCAGUGGGAGCAGUGUCUUCACACCGGAGUACGAGGACAGCAGGAUGCGGCGAAGGGGAAGUGACAUUGACAACCCCACCCUGUCUGUUAUGGAUAUCAGCCCACCUAGCCGUUCUCCAAGAGCACCUUCGAAUUGGAGACUGGGCAAGCUGCUGGGACAGGGGGCAUUUGGCAGGGUUUACCUGUGCUACGAUGCUGACACAGCGCGAGAGCUGGCAGUGAAACAAGUUCAGUUCGACCCGGAUAGUCCUGAGACGAGUAAGGAGGUAAAUGCUCUCGAAUGUGAGAUCCAGUUACUGAAGAACCUCCAACAUGAGAGAAUUGUUCAGUAUUAUGGCUGUUUGAGGGAUCCUCAGGAGAGAACCCUGUCAAUCUUCAUGGAAUAUAUGCCAGGGGGUUCAAUAAAGGACCAACUGAAAGCCUAUGGUGCACUGACAGAGAACGUGACACGGAAGUACACGCGGCAGAUCCUGGAGGGUGUUUCCUAUCUGCACAGUAACAUGAUUGUACACAGGGAUGUAAAAGGUGCAAACAUUUUACGGGACUCUGCCGGCAAUGUGAAGCUGGGAGAUUUUGGUGCCAGUCGACGGUUACAGACAAUCUGCUUGUCGGGAACAGGCAUGAACUCAGUCACAGGCACCCCUUACUGGAUGAGUCCAGAAGUGAUCAGCGGAGAAGGUUACGGCCGAAAAGCCGAUAUCUGGAGUGUUGGGUGCACGGUCGUGGAGAUGCUCACCGAGAAACCACCCUGGGCUGAGUUCGAAGCUAUGGCUGCAAUCUUCAAGAUCGCCACUCAGCCGACAAACCCCCAGCUGCCUCCUCACGUGUCAGACCACAGUCGGGACUUUUUGAAAAAGAUAUUUGUGGAGGUGAAGCAGAGGCCGUCAGCGGAAGAACUGUUACGCCACACCUUCGUGCACUAUCACUAGCGACUAACCUCAGCCUCCAAUACGUUUAUUUUCUAUCUGAUUGCACUUUUUCAGCGUAUAAUUUUGGUGAUUCUAGGUGUUUCCUAGGUUGUAAUUUAUACCUAAAUUCGUAUUUAUAAUGAGAUUUUUUUGGCAUUCUCAGAAAGGGAAUGAUCGGAAGGUUUUUUACAGUGUAUUCACACAGUACUCUGAUGUUCUUCAAGGUAAAGCACUUUAUUACAUAACUCAUUCCUGGUUACAGAUUGUCAGAUGCCAUGUAGCUGGCCCUAGUUCCCUCACUAAUUAUACAAAUUCCGUCCAUAGCAGAGACGGAGCCCUCUAAAUGUAUUCAACCGCCGCUCCUAAUCCAAGAGACUGUUAUGCAAACUAUUCCUGCAUUUCUAGUUUGCUGUGGAUGAUAUGAUCAGUCUCUGGAAUUCCUGCAGGUUCCCUCAUAGUCCAGUCCUGCACCCUAGAAACCAGAAUUAUCAUAUACAAGGCGCACUGUGUAACCAUGAUAUCCAUCGGCUCCUUCUUCAACAUCCAUCUGGAGCGGGGAGAAGAUCUAAUAUUUCCUUACUGAUCAGGAGCCGGCUUUGGGACCUGCCCAGGAAACAUUUUCCUACAACUGAUGCCACCGUCAGCACUGCAGACAAACCUAUUAUUUUAUGUCUUAAACAUGUAAUUAAGUAUAUUUGUUGUUUGUCCUCCACGUCUUUGGAUUCUAUUGAGGUGACACCUGAGGUGAUAAACACAAGAGAUUCUGCAAUCCGGGGUAACAGACACAAAGCGCUGGAGGAACUCAGCAGGUCAGACAGCAUCUGUGGGGUUGACAUUUUGGACGAGUCCUUUCACCAAUCUUGAUGUAGGGUGUUGGCCCGAAACAUUGACUGUUUAUUCCUUUCCAUAGAUGCUGCUUAACCUGCUGAGUUACUCCGGCAUUUUGUGUAUGUUACUGUGGGAGAAGGGUUAUCUGGCUAGCCCCGGCAAACUUCACACCAGCUUGCCUUUGUGCAGUGGCACUGAGUCCAUCUCUGCCACACUGUUCUGAAACUUGGUGCCAUUUCAGUUGCCAAACAGGUGCCGUUAUACAUAAUAUUACCACAAACUGAACUGAUGCCUUUAUCUUAUUCCCAGCUGUGCCAAGCGCGAUUCUCCUGAACUUUGCAAGCCUCGGACUUAAAUUGUAAUCUGAGUUAAAUUAAUCUCAGGAAUUUACAGUGCCGGAGUCAUCAGCAAUGAACCCGCACUCGGUGUCAUUCAGUCCACCUUCAUGGAUCCUUGCGAGGAUAAGUUCACGAGUUACUUCUGCUCUUGAGAAUAAGUUGUGCCAUUCUGAGCUACGAUGACCUGUCUGGCCAUUGCAAUCUUCCUUCUGUGGCACUUCCUCUGCAGUCUUCCUCAUCGCGCCUUCCAUUAUUGAGACAAGGACCACAAGUGGUUCAGGUAGAAAAUGCUCAGGACAGACGCGUGGGUACAACUUAUAAAAAACACAGCAUCGACAAGCUCAGAAGUCACCAGAAAUAGCUAAUCAGUACUGUACUUUGAUCAAAACUGUGUCCUGGGCUAAUAUAUGCAAGAGGUUUCGAUUGGCACUAUGCAAAGUGGCUCCAGAUUAACUUGAGACAGUAUUGUUCUUUAUGGGCCUGGUAUUUCAGUACCCUCUGUAGCCUGACACUUCAGCUGUCCAACUUUCAGUUUUCAUUUUCACAUAAAGACAAACUAGUUAUGAAGUGUUUCUAAAUAUUCACUUUAUUCCCAAACAGCACAUUUUCUAUCUCAAAGUUUCUAAAACUUAAUCCUAACAAAAAUUUUACUGCAUAUUUCCCCACCCCCCUGCUUUUCCACUCCUCCCGCAUUCCUUCCCCACACCUCGUUUCUUUCCCUACCCCCGCUCAUUCUCCAUCCACCCGCUUCUCCCCCACUACCUGCUCUCCCCUCACCCCUUCCCCACCCUCCCCCAGCUCUCUUGCUCACCCCUCUACUCCAGAGAGUGUCUGAGGAGAUGUCUCACAAUAUUAUUUUUAUCUAGCAACAGUCAAAGGUGCUCGUAAUCAUAACAAGUUUGUUGUGUAUGUGAUCUGUGUUGAAGAUGUAGCAGUUCUGGCAUUAAGGUACACUGUACGUUUGCAUUGCAGAUAUUCUACUGAAUGGCAGUUCUGCUGUUAAUGUACACUGUACAUUUACAGAACAGAUGUCCCACUGAAUGACAGUUCUGCCGUUAAGGUGCGCUGCAGAUUUGCUACAGAACAGUAGUUCUGCCAUUAAGGUACGCUAUUUGUUGGUAGUACAGAUGUUCUACAGAACAGCAGUUCUGUUGUGAAGGUAUGCUGCACAUUUGCCGCACAGAUGCUCUACAGAACAACAGCUCUGCCAUUAAGGUACGCUGUACAUUUACAGCACAGAUGCUCUACAAAACCAUUGUUCCGCCGUUAAGUUACGCUGUACGUUUACAGUGCAGAUACUCUACAGAAUGGCAGCUCUGUCAUUAAGGUACGCUGUAUGUUUACAGCACAGAUGCUCUACAGAACGGUAGUUCUGCCAUUAAGGUACGCUAUACGUUUACAGUGCAGAUGCUCUACAGAACAGCAGCUCUGCCAUUAAGGUACGCUGUACGUUUACAGUACAGAUGUUCUGAUUUUCUCCAGCUGAUCAUUCUAUUAGUCGUUGCUUUAUAUCAUCACCUGUUCUCUGAAAACAAUUUUGUCUCUCACUUCUCUCACCAUUGGCCCAUUAGAUGUUAUGUUUUUAAUGUUCACGGUUGAGCAUUUGCAGAUAAAAGAAAAUUCAGCGUGCAUGUUGUUACCCAAGCAACACACAUCAAAGUUGCUGGUGAAUGCAGCAGG